CGCGGCUCUAGCGGUCGAGGCAGUGAUGUGUAUGUCGCCGCGCGCCCCGCUGUGCAAGCAAUUGCACGCAGCCCGGUUACUACGCCGCAUCGCAGCCAUCGAAACGCAGCAAAAAGGAGUGCCGCCCCGCGGCCAAAAAAAGAGCCCACCAACGGUGCAUGUGCAAAAGCCCCCCCACAACAAUAAUGGACAGUGACCUCGCCGACGCUCAGGAGGUCAAGGCCGCGGAAGAGUCGGCAUGGGAGAUCCUCACCGGGUUCUCGUUGCCGAAGUACGCCGUCGACUCCCUCACGCACUACAAGAACAAUCCCGAAUCGUUCAAGAACGAGGUGCUCAGCGGCAUCACCGUGGCGGUCAUGCAGGUGCCCGAGUCGGUCGCGUUUAGCUUUGUGGCGGGCGUUCCUCCUUUAGUCGGUUUGUACUCGACGUUCUUCCUGGGGUUCAUCACGGCCGUGAUUGGGGGCAAGGAAGGCAUGAUCUCCGGCGCGGCGGGCGCCAUGGCCGUCGUGAUUAAAGACCUCAUGGCCGACUCCGGUCCCUUAUCCGAUUACUCGAAGGGCGACCGUUUCAACCACCUGCUGAUGACGGUGCUGGUGUGCGGCAUCUUACAAACGCUAUGCGGCCUGUUUCAGCUGGCCAAAUUGGUCAAGCUCAUCUCCAAACCUUGUAUGGUCGGCUUCAUGAAUGGCUUAGGUAUCGUCAUUUUCUACGCGCAGUUCGGAGCUUUUAAGAAGUGUCCCUACGCCAAGGCGACCGCGCCAUCGUCGCCGGACUACUUCUCGGACUGCAAGGAGAACGAGCGGCGGUGGAUGGAAUUGGGCGGCGAGGACGCGGCGAAGACCUGGCUCACGUUGUUGUCUGUGUGGAAGUCAACCAGCGAGUUAGGUUAUCAUUGCGGAGACAGAAUGGCGUCGACGGCGUGGCGCGCCCGAAAUUUGAUUUCCACACAGGCUGCUGUUGGUCGCGUUCACGAUGGCCAUCAUGGUCGGCUGGCCCAAGGUCAUCCCCCAGAAGUACCAACGGUUGUUACCGUCGUCGCUGGUCGCCAUCAUCUUCGGCACGCUCUGGGAGCACUACGUGAACCGCGAGGGGUUUGGGGUCUCGACGCGGACCGUCGGCGGCACGGAGCAGCUCAAGGGCGCGUUCCCGCGCUACCACCUGCCCCAGGUACCCUCGAACGGGAACGGCGAGUGGGGCGUCAUCUUCCAGUACGGCAUUUCCCUGACGUUCGUCGGUUUGAUUGAGUCCGUGAUGACGCUGCAGGCCUGCGACGAGAUCACGGAGACCCUACCGUCCGUCUUCCGCUCGAACCAAGAAUGCGUGGCGCAAGGCGUCGCGAACGCCGUCUCCGGCUUGUUCGGGGCCAUGGGCGGCGACGCCAUGAUCGGCCAGUCGACGAUCAACAUUUCCGUGAACGGCGCCCGUGGAAGGCUGUCGGGCGCGACGGCGGGCAUCCUCAUGCUGUUCUUUGUGGUGGCGCUGUCGCCGGUCAUCUCGACGGUGCCCAUUGGCACCCUGACAGGCGUGCUGUUUAUGGUCGUACUCUCAACAUUCAACUGGCAGACGUUCCCGAUGCUGGCGUCGCACGUGUUGCCCGAAAGCCUACUCAAGUGCGUGGAGCGCGUCGCGGGGCCCUUGCCGCGGAUCCCGAAGGCCGACGCGUUCGUCAUCGUGCUGACGACGGUGCUCGCGGUGUAUUUCAAUCUGGCCGUGGGUGUGGUGGUGGGCACGGUCGUCCUGUCGACGUUCGACGCCUGGAACCGCGGCGCGCGGUUCCAGGUGGUCAAGGGCACGAAUGGCCCGGGCUGCGUCGUGUACCAACCAUUACAACCCCUCUUCUUCGGCACGUCGAAGGACUUCGCGCGGGCGUUCACGCCGGGCGCGGACCCCCAGAAGUGCGUCGUGGAUUUAUCAAGAAGCGCGGUGGCGGACUACACGGCCGUCGACGCGCUCGCCGACGUCGCGGCGCGCUACGAGAAGGUCGAGAAGUCCUUCGAGAUCAUCGGCGUGUCGGCCGACGACAAGAAGUUCAUCCAGCUGGCGGGGCCGGCGGUCAAGGGCGCCGCGGACGCGCUCGACGGCGGCGUGACGCGCGUGUCGUCGAAGACGGCGCUCGUCGACGACAUCGAAGCGAAUCCGAAGGAUGUGGAAUUGCGCCAGCGCGCCGGCUCGCACUCUUGAACAUAGGCUCUUCGUCGUCGCAUAAGUUGCCAAAGUUUA